CGCUACCAUUCUGAAGAGCCUCGUCUUUCACACUUUAACUUGUUGCCCACACAAAUCGGUGAGGAUCUCUGAGCCUGCAAAGUGCUAUCGAUCUUUCUUCGUCAACAGUCUUUUUGUUCUUUCUCAACUUUUCCAUCGUCCACCCACCUCACACAUUGCUCGUCUACUGAACCUUUUCCAUCGAGACCAACCCCUCCAUCGACUCCAAAGUCACCAUGUCUACGCAAGCCACUCCUGAAGUUCUAUGGGCUCAGCGCUCUUCCUCCAGCGAGCCGGAAAAGAACUACAUCUACCUGACCAUCGGCGUUCCUGAUGUGCCUCCCAAGUCCCUCAAGCUCGAUCUCAAGCCAACCUCGCUCACUUUCACUGGAAAGUCAGACACCAAGAAAACCACUUACCACCUGGAGAUGCAGUUCUACUCCGAGAUCGAUGUGGAAAAUUCCAAGACGCAUCAUACCCCAGCCAACAUUCAGAUGAUCCUGAGAAAGAAGGAACUCAAGGAGGAAUACUGGCCACGCCUGCUCAAGGACCCAGCCAAGGUCCACUAUCUGCGUACGGACUUUGACAAGUGGGUCGAUGAGGACGAGCAGAACGAGGCGCCCGAGGAUGACUACAUGAACCAAUUUGGCGGUGGCCUCGGCGAAGACGGCGGCUUCGGUGGCAUUGAUUUCUCCAAACUUGGCGGCGGUGGUGGUGACAUGCCAGGCAUGGAAGGCCUCGGUGCGGGCGAAGAAGGUGGUGAUGAUGAGGAUGAGGACGACGAUGACAUGCCUGACCUGGAAGAGGACACAGAAGAGGGAGAUGCCAAAGGCAAAGGCAAGGGGGCCGCAUAAGCUCCAGGGUCAUUUGCGAACCUAAAGGCCACCGCCGGCGCGAAAACAACGCGACUCUUCCCCCUCCUCGAUGAAUACGUGGACAUAUGCAACUCGCCAACAACCCAUUCUUUCUCUCCUUACUUGCUUGGUCUGAUUCCACCUGGGGAGAAGGAGGUCUCUACAGUGUUUUCCCCAUCGGUGGUACGUGCAAAUAUUCGACAGUCCUAAGACAAUACAGAGACACGAGAACCAUGAGAACCUUUUCCCUUGCUGCACGAGAAGAAGUCAGAUUCAAUGCAUCAAGGCUUGCUCGGUUCACACGUCUUGUGACUCUUUUUAUUCCAUUACCGAACAAGAUCUGCUUGAUGUGGUGCACGGGGUUCUUGGUGUUUCGGUAGGGACAGAAAGAUAGGUUUCCUUUACCUAGGUAGUAGUCUCCCCCCUCAAACUCUGCUGAGCGUAUGUCUGCGUGCAAAGGCAAAUACAAAAAGAAAAUUCAAUUGAUCGUGGAAUGGUUGAUUUCUUCAAGAGUUCAAGUUUGUUUUGUACUACGAAUCGACUGUUGUUGCUUUUUCCCAAUGCCUGAUUAC